CUUUAUCGCUUCUUUUGACCUUCCUCUGUCCUUUUCCUCGUUUUGUUCUGUUCUUGCCUUCUUCUAUGUUCCGUUCUGUUGGUCUUGCUGCCGAGAGCCCCCACCUUGGAGCUGCUACUGUUUGCUGUGGAUGCCGAAGAGAGACUGACGCCGCCGGCAAGACCCUGGCCCACUGCAGUGCUAUACUGUCGUCGCCGUUAUCACCAAGACGCUACCGUUAUACUGGAGAGACCUCAAUUAGUGGUAGAGAUCAAGGAUUGGAUGAGGAGCAGCCUGGAGAACACAUAUGUCAGUCAUUCUAACAACCUGGGCAGAUUCAAAACUAUCUAUUCAUAUGACAGCAUGCGGCAACAAAGUAAUAUUUACAUGGCUAAACGCAAAGCAUCAAGACAUUGGCAAACCUCAGGAAGUGACUGAAACCAAAGAUACAACUACUCAAGGAGAGACAUUAGUUCUUUCAUCUGAAAAAGAUUUUGCAGCUUGUGCACCAUUUCUAAAGAAAGACCCAAACUACCCAUACUUAGUUGGUAAUCUUUGGUUCUCUUGUCUAUAAUUAAAGCUAAUCAUAGGAUGUUUGGCGAUAUCUACAUUUUUCUUUUUACACAAACACUAUGGGGAUCCUUACCGUUGUGGGCAAGCAAAAGGAGAUAGUAAAGGAGUCCAAAAGGACAAAGAUGAUUGUCAUCAAGUUGAAGGAAUGACAUUGGGGAUAUCACACUAUUUGGGAAUACGUUGACAAGUUAAAAAGCUUCUUCCAACAACAGCCAUUGGAACAUCCCGUAAUUGUGAUACAAUAUGCAAAAGUGAAAGUGUUUCAAGAAUUUGAUUGAAGCUUUUGGAGAAUCCAAGGAUAAACAAUUGGAACAAGA